AUGUCUGACCCGCCGCUGGUGCCGCCGCCUCUGCUGAGGACCCAGGAGCCGCCGCCACCAGCACAGUCGGCCGGUCUGCCCACUGUGCCACCUCCACCCAGCCUGGGCAUGCUGUCGGUCGGCGUGCCGGGGGAGUCGGAGAAGGAGCCGGCGUCCGUGCAACUGCCCGGCGUGCUCGAGCGAGCACUCAACUACAAGAUCGAGCGCGCCAAGGAGGUGGGCGUCGACCCGAGCGAGAUUGACCGCGUCGAGGCGGAGGGCCUGGCGCUGCCGCAGGCGCCGCCGCCACCCAUGAUCCGCGACGAGCCGGCGGCCGUCACGCGCGAGCAGCGCGAGGAGAAGCAGAAGAAGCGCAAGGAGCUGCGCAAGAAGAAGAAAAAGAACAACAAACGGCCGCGCGCGUCGCAGCCGCUGCAGAACGGCGCCCAGAAGCCGGCCAACGACGAGCCGGAUGUGGAGAUCGAGUACGUGUCGGACGCGCCCGAGCUGGACGUGGCCGACCCGCUGUACCGUCAGUUCGCGCACAUCUUCGAGACGUUCCGCAUCAGCGAGCCGACGCCGUCGGCAGCGGAUCGAUGA